AUGAACAUGAACUUCUCAAUUAUCACAACAAUAACAUUGAAUUUUGGCGGUAGAGUGGGACCGGACCCAGCCAUAAAAAGAUACCAACCACCCAAACUUCAAGUUCUGUCAGCGAUGAAACUUCUGUGCGCCUUCAUUUGUUUCCUUUCGUCAGUCGCAGUUAUCGGUGCCGUGCGGUACGCCCGGAAUGGGCAUCUCAAGUUCCCCGUUUCAUUUGCGCGUAGUCAAAAUAGUGUUUGUGGAACGCGGAAUAUUCAAUGGAGACCAAAUAGGCAGCCCAAGGUGAUCGGUGGACAAGUUCCACCGCCUGGUGCGAUUCCGUGGCAAAUAGACUUGAGGCUGGAAGAUAAUAAGCAUUAUUGUGGUGGUGCUUUGAUUAGUAAUAGAUUAGUUUUGUCUGCUGCGCAUUGUUAUAACGAUGGAUUAAGGGCUAUAGCUGGGGCGCAUGGAACACCUGGGUCUUCUGAAAACGAACAAACCCUUCGAGUAGAAAAAUUCAUUCCACAUCCAGAUUUCAGGAAGCUUGGUGCUUACUCUCAUGAUCUAGCCUUACUCAUAGUAGAAGCUCCAGGAUUUACUUUCAACAAAUAUGUCAAACCAGCUUGUUUCUCUGAUAAUUCACCUCCAUCGGGUACUUGGUGCGAAGUGUCUGGAUGGGGAGCUGUGGAUCCCAAUGAUAUCGAUACGAGCUCUCCAGUUUUGAAAGCUGCGGCGGUGCCAGUAAUAUCCCUGGAUACCUGCAGGUUAAAAGCUAUAUAUGGUGGCCGGUCACAACAGAUCCUGGAUUCUAUGCUGUGUGCAGGGUACAUAAAAGGAGGAAUCGAUGCUUGCAGCGGUGAUUCAGGUGGGCCGUUAGUUUGCGAAAAAGAUGGGAAAAUGGAACUAGCAGGAAUAGUAUCAUGGGGAGAAGGCUGUGCAAAGAAAAACAAACCUGGGGUAUAUACAAGAGUUUCAAGCUUUAUGCCGUGGAUAAGGGAAUGUGCGAGCGAAUUGGGUAUAAUAAUUUAGACCUUAAACAAAGAUGUUAAUAGUGCAGUCAUUGAAGGUGGAUAUGAACUAUUACCUCCGAUUUCGUUAAACCGUCAUAGAUUUGCAUGAAAAUUUGUGAGUAGUUAGAUGACUUGUCCUUUUACCCUGUCAGUGGAUGGAAUUCCUUCUCAGGGAUGAAAAUUAGUUUAUUUAAAAUAACUCCAUAAAUCGA